UAGAUGCAUUAACAUCAGCCUAUAACAAGGAGGAAAAACAUCAAGGCAUAGAGUCGUUGCAGUAGAUCAGUGGUGACAGAAACAUGAUGUGGAAGUUGGUGUUUCUUGUUCUUGGGGCGCUUUUCUCCGUCGGGGUUGGGGCUGGGGGAGUGGUUGGUGGUCGCGAUGAAAUAGAUCUCAACCAAGAUGUGGAGGCUCGAGAACUUCUGAAGUCUGCGGUGGAAGAACACAACAAGAAGAGUAACGACAUGUACUACACCAUGCCGCAGGAGGUGAUAAUGGCCGAGAAACAGGUGGUUCAAGGUGUCAAGUACUUCUUCACUGUGAAUAUGGGGAGGACCCAGUGCCUGAAAGUGGAUGCAAAAGACAAUGGGAAUGGAUUGUGUGUCGUCCAUACGGACCCAGAUGAAGCUAAGCCUUACCAAUGCUCAUUCACGGUGUGGGUCAGACCCUGGACCUCGACCGGCAAACAGUUUAUGCAGACCUGCUAAGAAGAAAACCAACGCAGGAAAAUCAUUCAGGGCUCCCACAUUGUAGCACAAUCUCCUUAAAGAUUUAGAAUUCCUUUAGAUAAAGCACAAGAGCUGUUUCAUUUCAAAUGGCUUCUUAUCUUUGUAAACUGUUUACGACUGUAAAUGUGAUCAUCUUUUAAAAGUCUGUGUUUCAGAUUUCACUUUUAGUGAAAUAACUUUGUAAUGCAUUAUCAUCAAAAUUACCUCAUGAAACACACAAUGUUUAAAAAUUAAACACAUUUUAACAGCA